AUGUACAUAUUAAAUUUAGGUCAAAAGUCAUACCAUUAUAAAAAAGGGAUCGACGCAUAUUCUAAAGAAAGAUGGUCAGAAUGUAUAUCGAAAUUUGAAGAAACACUACAUCUGUUCAAACUUUAUAAAACUAUUGAAAUAAACUGCAGACUCAAGUGUGAAUCCCAAAAGCAGAAAGCAGAAGUAGAAGAAAUUGAAGAUAUUGGAAUAUAUGAAAAGUUUUUAAAUAAUAGACUAUGCAUAACUAAGUGCCAAUCGGAAGGAUUUGAUGAAGCUCGAUUGAACAGUUUUGUACCUGAAUCCGUUAUAAAUGAAAUGACAUUGAAAAAGCCCUAUGAAUAUCUUCAUAUUUGUUAUUUUCAAAUGAAUGCCCUACCUAAAGCAGCAUCAGCAGCAUAUACAUAUUUGGUUGCUAACCCAGAAGAUGAAAAAAUGAAACAAAAUGUUAAAUAUUACAUUGAUCAGCCAGAAGUUGAUAUUAAUGAAAUAAUAGAUCUUGAAAGUGAAGACUACAAAAUAUUGUACAAUGUUGGUCUCAAAGCAUAUAAUGCAAAGAAAUGGGGAGAAACUGUGGCUAACAUGGAAGAAUCACUAACAGAUUAUUUAUCAUGGGAAAAUAUGUGCCGUGCUGAUUGUCAACAUCAAACAGAACUAGAAUGGUCACCUGAAUUUACAGUAACUGUUUCGAAUUAUAUGACUGCCCUUUUAAUGUGUAAGCAAAAAUGUCAAGACAAACUUAAGUAUUUAAACUUUAAUUCUGGAAUUGAGUUUCUAGCUGACCUUCUGAAUUAUUUACAAAUAUCAUAUUAUCAUUUAGGUAGGAUAGAAGAUGCUGCUAAAGCGGUAGAAAGCUACUUGUUACUAUUACCUAAUGAUGAAGACAUAUUAUCAAAUAAAAAUAUUUAUAGUUCAUUAACUGACCAGAAAAACUUUGUUGAGAAAUCAGAUAUAGCUUACUAUUUUAAACGUGACAAAUAUGAAAAAAGAGUUCUAGAUACUUUUUACAAUUCAGAUAUUAAUAAUGAAAUAAAUUCUAUGAAAGAAUAA